AUGGCUUUCCUUUCAAAGGUCUUCAAGAGCAAGGAUGCAAAGGCAGGCGCAAAACACAAAGUGGAACAAGUCGAUAGCAGCCAAGGCCACAUGCCUCUGGCGAAGCCUAGAUUCGUGUCGACAUGGAACAGCACGGUGAUCGAUCCAGAAGAUGUCGAGGAACUCAUACAAGUGUGCACUCUGAUUCUCAAAUCCAGAGCCGAGGCUUUGGAUACGCCAUUCCUCCUCUUGCCAUUCAGACCGGACACCAAUACCGUGGCCGCAAAGACAUUCAUCAACAACUUCUUCAAGGGCAAUCGCGAUGGCACGAGAAAUUAUAAUGGCUCGAGCCUUCGCAGAGAGCUUGUCCUUACCGACCCAGCCAUUCUAUGCAGCGUUCUCAAAUGGUGCUGGGCUCGUAUACCGGGAGGUGUCGUAAGCUGGCCGGUUUAUCACGGCUUCACUCUAGGCGAACGUGAUUCGAACAUGGCCAGAAAUGCCUUCCACACCUUCAUUCCUUUAGGCGUCGACUCGGACGCUCGAAAAACCAUCAUUUACAGUUUCUUUGACCUCUUGACCGCGAUCGCUGCUCAUGGCAAGACCAACGGAUUUGGUGGCAUGCAACUCUCUCGCAUGGCCGGCUGGUGGGCGUUCGAGCAACCACACAACCCAAAAGGCUUUGAAGUCGCCUAUCGAACAUGGCUGAUGUCUGCAGAUGCGUCUAGUCAUCUCUUCUUCGGCUACCUCCGGUCACUAAACCCAGAAGCUCUAGAUGGAUUCACAGGAAUCAAUGGCCUACCACGAUCCAUACAAGCAUUAUUGGCUCAAACAGAGUACCCUCCCGAAUUACCCGCGUUAAUGCAAAAGCAGACGCCAAAAGUUGUUAUGCUUGUUGAUGUUGUAUCUCCUGGACCAUUCGCUCUACUCCGCAGAGCCAGCAACUUUGAGUAUCGGGACGAGGAUCUACAGAUGUUCUCCGAAUACUCGGAUCCGUCAGAAGCCUUGACUGAAGAAUGUAGACGUGUACUUCAGUGUAUUACUGCAGCGAACCAGUCAAUCGCCGUGCGAUCUCAAAGUAACAUGAGCAUUGGUCUAGACAGUCUCAAGCACAAACCGGACGAGUCUUGGUCGCACUUUCAGGACUUCGGGUUCUCAUCGAUUGAAGACGACGGAAUCUCACCAAGCCUGGAGCCAAGAUCAUCAGGACUGAGGUCCACGCCUCGUUCUCGUGCCAAUGACGGCGGACGUCCGACAACGCCUUCAUGGGCCGAUUUCCUGAACUCAGGAUUCAUCGAUGAAGGCACUAAUGUGAAGCCAACGCCCAUACGAGCACUGAUGCCCCCCGAGAAGAUGUUACCUCCUAUCAAUAGCGGACCUCCAAAAUCCUCCAAUGGUUAUCAAGAAGAGGAUGUCAAUCCUGGUGAACUAGCUAGUAUCACAAAGUUCGACCUCGAUGACUGCUUUUGGUGGGUCUGGAUGAUGAGUCUCGCCACCGAAGAAACUGCUGCGAGAAAGGCUGCCUUUGGCCGAUGUGCGCUUGUCGAGACUGGUAUACUUCAAGGCCGUUGGAUCUUGCUAGAAGAACAGAUCCAGAGUGCUGCCCCUGAACCUGAAGAGGGUGCCUACAUUGCCGAGAAAAAAUCACGCUUUGGCUUCAGCCGGAGAGGCAAACAAAGUCGCAGAAAGUCCGCCACUCUACCAUUGAAGGGACACGACAGCCCUAUGUCGCAGCAAAGAGAUAUAUCGACAACGCCAAACCAAUCCAGCAUGUCACCCGACCAGCAAGCAAGAAUUAGGGCUGCGGCUGCUACUCUUGUCCGGCAGCACGUAAAGGCUGAUGGGACGCCAAACGGUCAGCGACGUGGACGGCAUGAUGAUGCUUCCUCGAUGAAGACCAACAGUGUCAUGACCUUGGGCCUCACGAGCGAAGCGGCACCGGCCAUGAAGUGGGCUCAUAGUUUCGACAAGGAAGCGACGCGUAAGCAAUAUCUGGGCGAUAACUUCGCUGGUAAAGGGGAGCCAGUGGAACUACAUGUUCCUGACAAUGCUUCUGUCGACGCUGCCGCACUCACAGAAGCACAAGGGUCCAACAAACCAUUACCAGCUCCUCGUGCGCGAACCCGCUCGCCUUCCGUCGUUGAGCGCCAGGCCCCAAAGACUCCGGAUCAGCCAAACGCAAGCACGGAAACUAUUCCCGCUCCGCAGACUUCCACUAACAACGCCGAACCUCAAUCGCUGAGUGCUUCCAUUAUCUCGGAAAAGCCAGUGAUACACGAUGCUACAGAAAUGCCCACAAUGCCGUCUAUUGCGUCCAAGGUCACUCAAGUAGGAAGAAAGCCGGUCCCUGAUCGUACUAACAAUGUCCACAAUCACCCGGCAUUCAGACCUUCUGCGGAGACACAAAGACCUGCCAACACAGAGCUCACCGGUGUGAAAGCUGCAAGACAGGCUUGGGAGGCCAAAGCAAACAAGUUCAGUCCCGAAAUCAUGGCUCAUGAGAACAAGCGUCCCAAUGGCUUCAAGAGGAUGUUUAGUAGAGGUCACAGAAACGACGAUGGUAAGCGCGACUUUACCGGUCAGCAGCCAUCGGCUUCGAUGACCAGCUUGGCUCCACCUUCAGAGACGAGCCUCGGAAGAAAGCUCUCGCUACUUCGCAAGAAGUCUAACACGCCAACUUCUCCAACUCAGCCCGCGGCACCAAUCACCGAACCACUAUUCCCUCGUCGUGCCGUGGCAGACAGUCUAGUAGCGCCACCCUCAGAGCAAAGUCCUCCGGCAGUCAGCUCCUUAGAGCCCACUUUCUCGCAACAACAUAUGGAAGUAGAUGACAACUUGGUCUCACCUAUGCACUCGGAACAUAUGAGCAAUGCCGACGAAGGAUUUCAAAGAUUUGAUCAGGGACCACUCUCAGACGCCCCGGCCUGGACACCUCGAGAGUCUGUUGAUUCACACUUGACACAAGAAGAGGCCCACAAAGCAGACCUGGAAGCUGGACACCUGAACGCGCCUGGUGCGUUCCCCGAAACACCUAUGGAGACACCCAUGUCUGAGAACGGCAAUGGUCAAUUGGGAUCCGACUCGGUCUAUGAAACUGCUCAGCCAGUCGCGAACGGCUAUGACCGAUGGGCCCAAAUCAGAAAGAAUGCCGCCGAACGGGUCGAACGAGGGCCGAGAGUGAGUGAGGACCAGAUUUCUCGCCGCCCAUCUCAUAUUACUACCAACACGGAGGAUGAAGGAGAUACCAGUGGUGAAGAGACAAUAGACGACCGCGUGGCUCGAAUUAAAGCUCGUGUUGCCCAUCUUACCGGUAAUCUCGAGCAGGGCCCUACAAGCAACCCUCGUCCCUAG